GGAAAAUAAUCUUUGGGUUGUUAUUUUUAUUAUUUGUUGUGUGUUUCAUAAUUCGUGUUUUAUUGAUUUUUAAGGAUAGUAUUGGUCUUUCAAGUCACUAAUAGGCAGGGGAAGCUGGGCGUGAUGGCCAGCCCGUCGCCCCAGUCGUCGCCCAUGCCCCCCCCGCAGACGCCCUCGCCCAUGGGCCCGCCGCAGCAGUCGCCCAGCCCCAUGCCGUCCCCGUCGGGCAUGCCGCCGCCCCCGCACCCCCAGCAGCUCCACCCGCACAGCCCCACGGGGUACGGCCAGGGCCCCCCGCCCCAGCCGGCCGCGCAGACCUUCCAGCAGCACAUGGCUCACAUGCAGGGCGGGCCCCAGGACAACCUGAACGCCUUGCAGCGGGCCAUCGACUCGAUGGAGGAGAAGGGCCUGCAGGAGGACCCUCGCUACUCGCAGCUGCUGGCCCUGAAGGCCCGCCAGGGCGCCAUGGAGCCUCCCCGACCCAUGCAGGGCUUCAUGGGCCAGGUGGAGCAGCAGCCCAAGCACUCGUCGUUCAGCCCGCUGCAGCUGCAGCAGCUGCGCAUGCAGAUCAUGGCGUACCGCGUGCUGGCGCGCAACCAGCCGCUCAACCCGCAGCUGGCCGUGGCCGUGCAGGGCAAGAGGAUGGACGCGCUGCCGCCCGCGCAGUGCACCACGCCGCCCUUCCAGCCGCAGCCCCCGCCCCAGCCCCAGCCCCAGCCACCGCCGCAGCAGCAGCAGCAGCCACCGCCGCAGCCACAACCACCGCCCCAGCAGCAACCAUCGCCCCAGCAGCAGCAACAGCAGCAGCAGCAGCAACGAGCUCUGCCGCAGCCAGACACAGGUGGCAGCGCCCCGCCCGGCAUGAUGCAGCACCCCAUGAGGCCCCCGGGACCGCCCGGCGGGCAGCCGCCCACCCAGUCCCCGAUGACGGCGCAGAUGGCGCCGCCCACGGGACCGGCUCCUCCCCCCCAGCAGCAGCAGCAGGCGCCGCCGGGACCCCCUCCGCCGGCCCAGGGUCCCCCCCUGCCGCAGCAUCAGCCCCCUCCGCCGCAGCCCCCGCUCGUACUGCAGCCGUCGCCGCCCAUGAUGCGCAUGCCGCAGAUGCCCCCGCAGAUGCCCCCGCAGAUGCCCCCCCAGAUGCCCCCGCAGCAGCAGCAGCAGGUGCCGGACGCCAUGAUGCCCCAGCAGGCCCCCCCGCCGCCCCCGCCGCCGCCGCAGCGACCCCCCGCCCCCGUGCAGCAGCCCUUCACGCCGCAGCAGAAGCAGAACAAGCUGACCACGCUGAGCCGGCCCGUGGGCAUCGACCCGCUGCUCAUCCUGCAGGAGCGGGAGAACAGGGUUGCCUCGCGUAUCGCCAUGCGUAUCGAGGAGCUGACCAACCUGGCCACCACUCUUCCCGAAGACCUGAAGAUCAAGGCCAUGAUAGAACUGCGUGCUCUGAGAGUGCUGAACUUCCAGCGGCAACUUCGUGGCGAGAUCCUGAUGUACACGCGGCGCGACACGACGCUGGAGACGGCGGCGUACGUGAAGGCGUACAAGCGCACCAAGCGGCAGGGCCUGAGGGAGGCGCGCGCCACGGAGAAGCUCGAGAAGCAGCAGAAGCUGGAGGCCGAGAGGAAGCGGCGACAGAAGCACCAGGAGUUCCUGAUCUCGGUACUGCAGCACGGCAAGGACUUCAAGGAGUACCACCGCAACAACGUGGCGCGAGUGACGCGCCUCAACAAGGCCGUGCUCAACUACCACGCCAACGCGGAGCGCGAGCAGAAGAAGGAGCAGGAGCGCAUCGAGAAGGAGCGCAUGCGUCGCCUCAUGGCCGAGGACGAGGAGGGCUACAGGAAGCUGAUCGACCAGAAGAAGGACAAGAGGCUGGCGUUCCUGCUGUCGCAGACGGACGAGUACAUCGGCAACCUCACCGAGAUGGUGAAGCAGCACAAGAUGGAGCAGCGACGCAAGCAGCAGGAGAUGAAGCGCAAGAAGAAAAAGAAGAAAAAGAAGAAGAAGAAGCAGGAGAAAGUGGAGGGAGAGGAAGGAGCGGAGGGCGGGGAAGGCCAAGACGAAGAGUCCCAGUCCGCUGACGCCAAGGUCACCGUCAUUGAAGUCUCGACAGGCAAGAUGCUGAGCGGGGAGGAGGCCCCGGUGGCCAGCCAGCUGCCCGCCUGGCUGGAGGCGCACCCCGGCUGGGAGGCGCUGCCCCAGGACGAGGAGGACGAGGAGGAAGAGUACGACGAGGACGGCUCCGAGGAGGACUCGGAUGACGACGACGAGUACAACAGCAAGCCGGGCACGUCGAACGGGUCGGCGGCCUCCGACGAGGAGAAGGCCCGGGAGAUGAUCCAGAAGGCCAAGGUCGAGGACGACGAGUACAAAACGUCGACGGAGGAGCAGACCUACUACAGCAUUGCUCACACUAUCAAUGAAAUUGUCACGGAACAAGCUACCAUUCUCGUAAAUGGAAAUCUUAAAGAGUACCAAGUUAAGGGCCUGGAGUGGCUGGUGUCGCUGUUCAACAACAACCUGAACGGCAUCCUGGCGGACGAGAUGGGCCUGGGCAAGACCAUCCAGACCAUCGCGCUCAUCACCUACCUCAUGGAGAAGAAGAAGGUCAACGGCCCGUUCCUCAUCAUCGUGCCGCUGUCAACGCUGUCCAACUGGGUGCUGGAGUUCGACAAGUGGGCGCCGUCGGUGGUGGUGGUGGCGUACAAGGGCUCGCCCGCCAUGCGACGCCAGAUCCAGAGCCAGAUGCGCUCCACCAAGUUCAACGUGCUGCUGACCACCUACGAGUACGUCAUCAAGGACAAGAGCAUGCUGGCCAAGCUGCACUGGAAGUACAUGAUCAUCGACGAGGGCCACCGCAUGAAGAACCACCACUGCAAGCUGACGCAGGUGCUGAACACGCACUACAACGCCACGCACCGCCUGCUGCUCACCGGCACCCCGCUGCAGAACAAGCUGCCCGAGCUGUGGGCGCUGCUCAACUUCCUGCUGCCCUCCAUCUUCAAGUCCUGCAGCACCUUCGAGCAGUGGUUCAACGCCCCCUUCGCCACCACCGGCGAGAAGGUGGAGCUGAACGAGGAGGAGACGAUCCUGAUCAUCCGGCGCCUGCACAAGGUGCUGCGGCCCUUCCUGCUGCGGCGGCUCAAGAAGGAGGUGGAGUCCCAGCUGCCGGACAAAGUCGAGUACAUCGUCAAGUGCGACAUGUCCAGCCUGCAGAAGGUGCUCUACAAGCACAUGCAGAGCAAGGGCGUGCUGCUGACGGACGGCUCGGAGAAGGGCAAGCAGGGCAAGGGCGGGGCCAAGGCGCUCAUGAACACCAUCGUGCAGCUGCGCAAGCUGUGCAACCACCCCUUCAUGUUCCAGAACAUCGAGGAGAAGUACUGCGACCACAUCGGCAGCAACACCAGCGUCGUCACUGGGCCGGACCUGUUCCGGGCGUCGGGCAAGUUCGAGCUGCUGGACCGCAUCCUGCCCAAGCUGAAGGCCACCAACCACCGCGUGCUGCUCUUCUGCCAGAUGACCCAGCUCAUGACCAUCAUGGAGGACUACCUGGGCUGGCGCGGGUUCAGCUACAUGCGGCUGGACGGCACCACCAAGGCGGAGGACCGCGGCGACCUGCUCCGCCGCUUCAACAGCCCCGACUCGGACUACUUCCUGUUCCUGCUGAGCACGCGCGCCGGCGGCCUGGGCCUCAACCUGCAGGCCGCCGACACCGUCAUCAUCUUCGACUCCGACUGGAACCCGCACCAGGACCUGCAGGCCCAGGACCGGGCGCACCGCAUCGGCCAGCAGAACGAGGUGCGCGUGCUGCGCCUCAUGACCGUCAACUCGGUGGAGGAGCGCAUCCUGGCCGCGGCCCGCUACAAGCUCAACAUGGACGAGAAGGUGAUCCAGGCGGGCAUGUUCGACCAGAAGUCGACCGGCUCGGAGCGCCAGCAGUUCCUGCAGAGCAUCCUGCACCAGGACGACGCCGACGAGGAGGAGGAGAACGAGGUGCCGGACGACGACACGGUGAACCAGAUGAUCGCGCGCAACGAGGGCGAGCUGGAGCUGUUCACACGCAUGGACCUGGAGCGGCGGCGCGAGGAGGCCAAGCUGGGGCCCAACCGCAAGUCCCGCCUCAUCGAGGAGAAGGAGCUGCCCCACUGGCUGGUCAAGAACGAGGAGGAGGUUGAGCGAUGGACAUUCGAAGAAGAGGAGGAGUGCUAUUUGGGCCGUGGAUCUCGGCAGAGGAAGGAAGUUGACUAUAGCGACAGCCUCACAGAGAAAGAGUGGCUCAAGGCGAUUGACGAGGCGGGGGAGGACUUUGAAGAGGAGGAGGAGGAGGAGGAGAAGAAGAGCCGCAAGAAGACGCGCAAGCGGCGCAGGAAAGGCGACGACGACGAGGAAGGGGAGGAGGAAUCCACGCAGACCAAGAAGCGCAAGUCUGCGGCCGCGGCGACCAUCGACCCGCGCCUCAAGAAGAACAUGAAGAAGCUCAUGAACAUUGUCAUAAAGUACACAGACAGUGACGGGCGUGUGCUGAGCGAGCCUUUCAUGAAGCUCCCGUCUCGUCGAGAGCUGCCCGACUACUACGAGAUCAUCAAGAAACCCCUCGAGAUAAAGAAGAUUCUGCAGAGGAUAGAGGACGGCAAGUUCAGCAACUUCGACGAGCUGGAGAGGGACUUCAUGCAGCUGUGCAAGAACGCGCAGACGUACAACGAGGAGGCGUCGCUGAUCCACGAGGACUCCAUCGUGCUGCAGUCGGUGUUCACCAACGCCCGGCAGCGCCUGGAGCAGGAGGGCGAGUCGGACGACGAGGAGAAGCUGCGGCCCGAGAUGGCGGACGAGGAGAUGGUGUCGGAUGCGGACACGUCCGUGAAGAUGAAGAUCAAGCUGAAGGGCCGCAAGUCGGACAGCCGCGGCUCCGGCCGCAGGAAGCGCUCGUCCAGGAAGUACGUCAGCGACGAGGAGGAGGAGGAAGAGGCCAGCACCGCCAACUGAACGUCCCCCCUCCACUCUCGUUUCCUCCGCGUCUCACCCCACCCGACGGAUCCCCUUGUUCAUCUGUGUUUUGUGGCUGGUACGGUAGUUGGCAUGCUCGACGCCUGGGAUCGUUUAGUUUUCAUGAUAAAUACAGUUUAACCUUGCCACAGAAAAAUAUUUUUGUAUGAUAAUGAUUGUGUGCACGUUAGCUGCGAGAUCAUUUCCUUGGCCGAGCCAGACCGCAGCGUGCCUGUGCUCCGAGCAUUGUAGUGAUGUCGCGGUUAAAAGCAAAUAGUGUCGACAGGUUAGCGACCUAACCCCACUUUCGACCAUCUGGAAACUGUGGUGGGGUUCGACUGUAUUCACUGCUGUUGUGUUUCUUAAGAGGCGGGAAUUUACUCUUGUGAAGGCGAAGAUCAAGUUGAAAGGUCGUUGGUUGAACUGUCACCGGCGAGACCCAGGUUCUACUUUCUUGUUUUCUUAAUUUUGAUUUGUGUCUUGUCAAAAUACUUUUAGCAUGCGUGAAUGGCUGCACAAUUACUGGAGCACAUUUAAAUACAUUGAUGACAUUUUACUCAAGUUGAUAGCAACUAACAUUAAAUGUUCUAUGGAUGAUCCUAACAUAUUUAAAGCUUGAAAUUAUUUAAACAUGUAGAUGUUAGGUUGAAAUAAUCCUCUGAUAUUGUAGGUAAUGAAUUAUCAGUGCUGUUCAGUUACUUGGAAAAAGGUGUAUACUUCCAUGAGAAAUGUUUAUCUCUAUUCAUCAAUAUUAUAGAGUAAAUAUAAGAAGCGUCUAAAUCAUAUUCAUGUUGUGUUGACUAUGAUAAUCAUUUUGAAAUGUGGUUGUAAAAUCAUAAUCCGUGCGUGAGAUUGGUCAUUUUUGAGCACCUUCCAGAAGAGAAUUUAUUUAUGUAUUGUGUUAGUUUAUUGCACUUUGUGUUUCUGGAUUCCCCAAUGUGUCUUUGAGGCUUUUCUGUAAAAUACGUUUUUAUAUUUGGCUUGAAAAAUCCAGAUUUUAUGUUAAAUUGUAUGCUGUAAAUUAAACUGUAUAGUUUGUCAUAAGUGAUUUUGAUCAACAAAAUGAGAAUAUUCCUAUUAUGGUAAUGUUUAUUUGAUUACAUGUCUGCCACUUGCCAUCAUGAAAAGUAGUGGAAAUACUUUGGAACUAAGUGCAAGGACCUUCACACUGCAGCUGUCUCUGUACUCUAGAAAUGUUUACAAUAAAUAUACUUUUAAAUUUAAA